AUGACGCAGUCUCUCGCACGCACUCUUAUCAUUACUUCUCUUGUCCUUAGUUCAAUAUCAUUUAUAUUAAGUUUAAUUGCAUUUUGUUUAACAAAUUGGAAAUCUGUUCAAUUACGUUCGAUAUCUUCAUCAUUAAUUCCUCUGGAAAAUAAUCAAAUGGAUCCAUUGAUUCGUGGUGAAGUUGAAAAAUAUACUGAUAUACUCUAUCGUCAUGGUCAAACUCAUUCAUUUGGUCUAUCAAGUCAUUGUAUAGUUGGAUAUAAAUGUGGUCGAAAUCUUUUACCAACAUUUCAUGAAACAAAUUAUGGACUUUGUCAUAAUAUAAAAUAUCAUCAACAAUGUAUAUUUACAACAUCAGUAUAUUUAUCAGAAAAAUGUACUUGUCAAAAACCAUCUUAUAUAAACACAACUCAUAAGCUAGUUAUUAUUAUAAUGAAUAUUCAAAUAUUAUUUUUUUCUGUUAAUUUUCUUCGAUUAUAUCGUUAUAUUCCUUGUUUAAAUGAUCUUUAUCUUCGUUUAAUUGCAAUAAUUUCUACUCUAUUCUCAUCAAUAUUUCUUAUUAUUAUUAUAAUACAACAAAAUAAUAAUCGUCUUUAUGAACCAUUAGCAUAUCUUGAAACAAUGCGUGAACAUUAUUCAACUCAUCAAAUCUAUUCAUUUACACAUGAUUUAGAAUUAAUUAUUAAACAAAUAACAUCGAAUUUAGAUGUACAUUUAGGUACAUCAUAUAUAUGUAUUAUAUUAAUAUUAAUAUUAACAAUAGUAUCUUUUUUUACAUCAUCAACAGUUGAAAUUAAAACUUUAUCAACGUUUGAUGAUGAUGAAAGAAAAAAUGAACAAAAUAAUGUAUUGUUACCAUCAUCACCAACACCUCCACUACUACUACCACCUCUUUCGCCAAGUGAACGUUUCGUACCUUAUGAACAAAUUCGUUUUUCACGUCAAACUAAAGUUUAA